UAGUAGUAGUGGCUGAGAGUGGGAGGAGUAAGAGGAAGAGAUGACGACGGUGAGUGUGGAACUACUCUCACACACACACACACAUCAUUUUGUCGUUUAUAAUGUUUCUGCUGCACGCAUUGGCGUCAUUUAAUUAAGGAUUUACAAAGUGAUAUAUAUAUAUAUAUAUAUAUAUGUGUGAUAUUUAAUUGGUGCUAAAAUCUUGGACUCUUUAAGAUGAAUCAAGUGUUGGAAUUUUCAAUCUAUAUUAUGGGUCGAUAAAUUAAGUACCAGUUACACACUCAGGUUGAGGAAUAAAGCAAAUGACGAGACAAUGAUAUCUUCCAGUACAGAUAUGGGACAAAAUGAUGCUAUUUCUUGGUGUUUGCGAGACCCCCUACUUUCAUUGAUGUAUGUCCCUUCUUUCAAUAAGGACAAGAAUAUAUGUACAUAUAAUGACAAACCCAAUCCUGCUUUUGCACUGGCACCCUUUUAUACACAGGAAGUCAUCUUGGGUGUAAAAUUGAUUUGGACGUCUUCUACGUUGAGUCUUGGGCAUUGUUGAAGAUGGCUAAUCCUAUAAGUAGUGCAAGAGAUGAAGUUGUGGCUGCCAGCCGGUCACGGAGUGGAAGUAAUAGCGGUAGUAUACAUAGAGUUGACUUGCGAUCGUCUUCACCUGAAGACUUAGCUUGCCAGCAGCAGUUUCAUAAUUUGAAGUCUUCAUUUGAAGAUUUAGCUUCUGAACGAUCGAGGAACAGAAAUCGGUGCGGGACUAACGUAAGUAAAUUAAAAAACAUAUUUAAUUCUGCAAAGAGUGAAGAAAAGAUACAAACAUCUCAUGGUUUUGCUUCGGAGGUAUCUCCGGAAUAUAAGCAGAAGAGAAGCGUAGAUGGCUCGGGAGUGAAACCGAAAGAAUCUUCCCCCACAAAAACCUCUCCAUUGCUGAAAGCAUCAAAUCAUGUUCAACGGUUCAACAGCACACGUGCUAUGUUUGCCAAACUUGAAGAGGAGACUCGUAUUGCAAAAGAACGGUCUCGGAAAGUUGGCGGCAGAAGCAGAAACUUGAGUAUCACUUCUCCAAUCUGGUCACCAACUUCUAGUUCUUCCGCAAGUCCAGAAAAUCGAAAGCGGUCACCAUCCCAAGAAUCGCUUGGUUCAUCACAAGGGGAUUCAUCAUUGAAAUCAAAACUGAAUGACACACAUUCGAGUUCAGACUCCAAGCUUUCGAAAUGUAAUGCUAAAGUAGAUAACAAUUUGAAGUCUUCUGUGAAGGAUCAAUUUCUGCGGCCGAGGGGUUGUAGCGAGCCAAACUUAAAGAUUAAAGAUUCUGUCUCUCAGCCAAACUACAACAUUCCUGAUUCAGAAUCAACAAUCGUAAAAUCAGUUGCAAGUGCAGAGUCUGCAGAUGCACUGGUUAAAAACGCAAUAACUACAGGUAGCCCAACUGUGCACACAAGCAUGAAGAGUCCAGCUGGGUCCCUGAAUGAUAAGAAUGAACUUUGUAAUGUUUCCGGAAAUCUUCUCUGGAAGAGAAAACAAAUGAAGCGAGCAGUGUUGCUUGAUUUAGACCAGUGUAAAGUGACGAGUUUAAAUGUAGAUCAAAAUAGAGAUUAUUCCUCACAAAAAUCUUUAAAUGACAAUCUUGAUAGUCCUGAGAGCUCCGUUGAGGAAACACGAACAUUUUCAACACCAGAUUCAUCUGUCAGCUAUCCACAUAGUGAUAACAGUGCUGCAUGUUCAACAGAAGAUAUCCCAGCGGGCAUGUUGUCGAGGGAUUUUCAAGAUGAAGAAAAUGAAUUUAGUAGUUAUGGACUUUUAGAAGAAAUUGAAUCAGAUUUAUCGUCAAGGGGUACUCAGCUUCUAUUGCAUAGCAGCCAUGGAAAUAAAAAAGAUGCUGAUCAACUUCAAAUGGAAGAAGAAUUUCACCAAUUCAAUCAACUUCAUCAGAUACCGAGAGUGUCCGAUGGUCUCACUGAUGGCAUUAAUGACAUCGAUAAGUUGAGUGAGGUGUCGAGCUCUGAUGUUACUUCUUCUUAUCGCAAUAGUGUCAUUGAAAUGACCUCUCCCCAACUUGAAGACAGCCCAACCGGAGCACACAAGGAAUUUUUAACCACAGAAAACAGAGUACAGUUUCCAAAAGUAAUGCCUUCACCCACAAAUACUUGUGUAAAUGUGCCAGUUGUGUCCCCACCGGUUCCUCCACCGCGAAAAUCUAUUCCAAAAUCCCCCGAAAACAAGGACCUUAAGUUUAUUUCAAAAACUGUGAGUGGUUGUCCUGUGUCUGCAGACAAUCUGUCCUCAAAAUAUUCCGACCUUCAAGGAACCAACGGAGAGGUUGCAAAGUCCGCCCACCCUCCGAUGGAAUACACUAGUUAUGAGGCUGAAGAUGAAGAAAGUUCAUCACAGGCUUUAUCAGAAAAGGAUAUUUUAUUCCAAAUAACAGAUGAAACUACCUCAGUUGAGGCUAUGACUCCCGAUGAACAAGAUAAACUACUCAGUCGAGAUCUCCAUCAGGAUUAUCUUUCUCCAAGAUCACACGUGUAAGUUGAAGGCAUCUUGCCAUUUUUCUCAUAUUAUAUAUAGUUAUUCUAUCUCAAUGCAUAUAUUUCCUUUGGCACAGUGAAACCACCUGGGUAGGACAAGGGUGUGUGUGUGUG